AUGAAGAGAGGGACGAAGUGUGUCGCGCAGACCAUCAACUUGUCCAAUCCGGAAACAUGCAUAAGACCGAAGAGGAUUCAGAAGCUCGUUUCAGCGGACACGAUGCAACCCUGUCCGACGAUGACCGGCCCAGCGUCGUCUUAUUGGACGCCCAAACCGGUGGCCAUUAGAAUCUGCACGAGGAAGGAUAUGCAAAGAACUUGCCCGCCCAAGGUGUGCGAUUGCCAGCCCAAGAAGAGAAGGACAUUCGGGCAAAGAUUCUGCACCAUCCUCCUCUUCUUUCUCAAGAGCAGCAUCGCGGCUGGCCUCGUCUAUUGGACGCGUUCCGAGGGUCUGUGGGGGAGCAGCGCCGAAGUCGAGGACCUGUAUCGAAGGAUAAUGGCUACGAUCUCACCUUCGAACGACUUUGAGGAUUACUGCAGAGCGGAAAGAGAGGAUAUCGAAUUGCCCCGCUUCAAUCAGAUCAAAUACAAGUUGAUAAAGAAGUACAAUCAGGCCGUGUUCACCGUGAUGAAUUGUAUCCUGAACGCGUCGACCGCGCUGCGGAACCAGCUUCAAAGACUCAUGGUUCCGGAAUCGGACAAAUCCGAGGAGGAGGAGGAAGAUGCGGCAGAGGAUAUCAAGGAAAAAGCUUGACCCUUGCCCUCAUCGAAACACAAAUCCUGUGCGUCCUAUCGUUUGCACUCGUCUUGUAACUUUUUUUUUUUAAGAAAAAAAAAAAAAAAAAAAAAUCCCAAUGCACGAAUAAAUUUCUAAAAUAACUUUUCCCUCGUUGUUUUGUAAGACAGAGAUAAGGGCAGAGAGUAAAGAGUAAACUUGCCUCGAGAGAGACAAGAUCGGAUAGUUUCGUCGAUAAGGAUCGUUCUUCGGACGUUUCUUCAAAUAAGUUGCGUGGAAGUGCACGUAAACCGUGCGAUAACGCCAUACAAAGAGAUUAAAAUUCCGUUC